UCAAAGAGCGCUGGGCCGGCCAAGGUUCCUGCUCCCAAGAAGGGCUCCAAGAAGGCUGUGACCAAGGCUACGCGCAAGGAUGGCAAGAAGCGACGCCACCGCAGGAAGGAGAGCUACGCCAUUUACAUCUACAAGGUGAUGAAGCAGGUGCACCCCGAUACCGGCAUCUCGUCCAAGGCAAUGAGCAUCAUGAACUCGUUCGUCAACGACAUCUUCGAGCGCAUCGCUUCCGAGGCGUCCCGCCUGGCGCACUACAACAAGCGCUCCACCAUCACUUCUCGGGAGAUCCAGACCGCAGUGCGACUGCUGCUCCCCGGCGAGCUGGCCAAGCACGCCGUGUCGGAGGGCACCAAGGCCGUCACCAAGUACACAAGCUCCAAGUGAAGCCUCGACUCCACCAUUAAUUACAAAGGCUCUUUUCAGAGCCACCCACCUCUCCGAACCUGCUUGUACCAGUCCUAGCAGGAGUACGAAACAAAACUUCC